ACCCAUAGAUCAACAGAAGGCCUGUCGUGUGCUUAUGUCCACAUAUUGAAGUAUUUUGUACACAUUUAAUUUAACUUGGGUGGGAAGAUUUUAUAAUGAAGGGAUAUAUUUUCAUAUCUUAGAUAAGUGUAAAACAUUGAUUCUUCGAGGAUUUGUGGUGGAAUUUCGUACGUUUAGACGAAGUUGUGCUGACCAAGAUGGCAGCCACGUCACUGCCAAAGAUCAGCCCGAAGGGGACGCCCGUGGCCACCCCGCCGUCUCCCGCAAAGAGCGUUCAUUCCUAUGUCUGUACGCCGCCUGUGAUAGCUGCCGUCCCGACAGCGAUGACAAGACCGAAAACCCUCCAAAACAUACACGUACCAUCAGUAUAUGAACCUUUUCCUCCGAGACUAAUCACUUCAAUAGAUAAUGUGGACUUUAGAAAAAUUCCCUCCAAAGUGAACCCUCUAGCUCCGGCGCCGCCCCAGAGGCGUACGGCCAUGUUGGAGACAGUCGAACCACAUUGGGAGAACAACCAGCGGAGUGACUUGAUGCAGAAGAUGCACAGAAGUCGGUAUCAUACGGCGUAUCAAAAGUGGGCUUACGGAUCACCGGCAGAGAAAGAAAUAUACAGGCGUUUGUUUCGAGAAGGUCUUAAACAACAGAUGUCUGACCGAGACAGUAAAGUCCGGCAGACGUUUGACGCGCGCGUGAGGGAGUCCGAAGAGGCGGUGCAGAAAGACCGACAAGACAUCGUGAAGGACUCACAAGACUAUCACAAUCAUUUCAACCAAAUGAAGACAUUUAGAGAUGCGAAUAAAUCGCUGAUGGAGGACCGUUGGGCGCAUACGGCGAGAGUCAGGAGACGAGAGAUACGCUACGAGAGAGAACUGACAAUGUUCAACCCAAUAAACUGGAGCCAUUCGCUCACAUAAUCAUACCCGCUGAUGGAGGAGCAAUGGAACUGGAACCGCCGCAGUCGUUACCUCAACUGGAGACACGAGGAGGAGCUGCUCAAGUACAACCCAAUCAACUGGAGCUGCUCAAUGAAGUAAAGACUCUUUUUGACUACAAUGGAUUCCCAGCUACUGCAAAUCGGUCAGCUGCAAUUGUAACUUCAUGCUCCAUGAAAUAGCCGAAGCAGAAAUUGGAUGACUUUCGUAGUUACUGUUAAUUCGGUCAGGGGCCGUCACGAUGUUCUAAAUGAAAAUCCUACUUCUGUAAUCAUGUCUACUACGCUUCCUUCUCAAGCAUGGCCUUGGUCAGCAGUGUCAUUUGGUCAACACAACAAUUAUGUGUGCAGCAGCAAGACUCACAACAUGAGGGAAGCAUGCAAGAGCAUCAGCCAGUGCCAAUGCCCAAAAGUUGUAACGGCUCCUGAACGAAUUAACAGUACUGUGUCUGAACAAACUAUCAGCAAGCGGGAAGACGACUUCAGGAGGAUUAAACUUGACCUGAUGACACUUAAUCCAUUACAUUUGGAGGGCUUUUGCGGUUACUGCUGUUGGGUGGUUGUGGUCCCGAAACAGAGGUGACAAUGGUUCUGAAAAGUGGGGGAGGGACACUCACUAAACAUGUCUCGUUUGAAGAUCAUCAAGUUGAUUCAAUGAAAUAUUUAUUUUUGACAUAGCACUGACACUUUAAAUUGCCAUUUGUGUGAAAAUCAUCUUUUCUCAUCUAGAUUUAUUCACUUUGAUAAAAAAAAUCAGCACUACUAGAUGUUCAAUGCAAAGACAUGGUUACCAUGGCAGCAGACUAAUCCAAGCCCAGGCUACUCUGUGAUACGUAGAAAGUUUAUAAUGCUCUUAUUUCGUGUUUAGGUUAGAUUUUUUUGCGUGAAAAACAAAAUUUUGGAUGAUUUUUAGACAAUGCAAUUUUAGUAUUUUUUCGUUUUGCACAAGAAAUCAUUAGUGUUCAAUUCCGAAAUCGUGUCAUGACACCCCAAUGAUCGUUUCAAGUAUUUCUGGGCCUCCUUUUGAUUGCCUAAGGCCUAAGCUUCAACCUCUCCAGUAAGCCUAGGUUGGCUGUUGGCUGGAGCUCCAGUGCUCAGGCUGAGAGCUUCAGUUGGUUACUAAUUUACUGAACAAAACAUUAAUCCUCACAGUAUGCUCAAUGUGGACAGUGGUAACACUUUUCUAUUACAAAGAAUAAGAGAACAAGGGUACCAUACCCACAGGGACAUUCCCAUAUCUGGGAGGAGCUGGGCAUAUUCUGCUGACGUUCAGUCCAUAACUGAGCUACGAGUUCAGUUACAUUCUCCGAUUAACAACACACAGAGUAAGAUAUUGUAUCGUAUAAUCAAAAUUCCGUCCCUAACAUACCUUAAUGCUUUUGCUUCUCACUAAAGUGACCCUGUGUGUUGACCAGAAAUCGUCACAAUAUCAUUAUUGUACUAACAAAUGUAUCAUAACUCCAUGUUGAAGACUGAAUUCUAAAUGUAUAUUUUGUAAAUACUUGCAAUUUACUUUUGGUGUUCCAUAUUUUUCAUGCAAUGAAUAAAUGUAUGAUCACAAAUACA